AUGCUGAAUAAGCUUGCACUGUGGGCUCUUUACGAUUCAAGACUUACACCUCACAAAAAAAUUUGCGAAGAACUUAACAUCAACGAAGUGAGUCUUUCCUUCGUUGUUGAAGAAUUUGAUUUGUUUGGCUCUUGGGUGGCGUCUAUACAAGAGAUUGUCUUAAAAGAAAUUGGAGGGUUAUCAGAAAGGUACGAGGAGAGUUCAUUAAACAACUUGGAUUAUGUGGUUUUCUGCGAAGAAGCAAACUACGUCGACGUUGUUGAUGAUAAAUAUGAUGAUGACAAAAUGAUAUCAGAAGACGAAGUUACUUUAAUGGACUGUGAAGACAUCUCUGAUUCCAUCCAUAAUGCCACACAACCUGAAGAAAUUGAUUUAAAACGCAAGAGCCCAAAAGAACUCAAACUGAUCAAAAUGGUAAAGUUGUUGAAAUCCAACUUCGAAAAAGGAAAUCAGUAUGUCAAGGAACAAAUUGUCCACUCAAUUGAAGCCCACAUCAACUCUGAGAUAACAUCCAAUGGAAAAGAACUAACAAGAGGUCAGAGGGAUGCGAAUUGGGUGAAUUUAUUGUAUUAUAUCUUUCUUUUAUGA